AUGUCCGAACCCGGAUCGGGCAGCUCUCAAACUGCUUAUACUCCAACUCCUACUCCUCCUCCUCCUCCUCCUCGUGGCACCCGAACCCCGUACACUCCGGCGGAGAAGGAUGUGUUAUUCAAAGCCUAUAUGAUCAUCUCCGAAGAUCCCGAGGUUGGCACGAACCAAACCGAGGAUAGAUUUUGGUGGCGCGUCUCUCGUCGGUACAAUGAAUACCGGCCGGCUGGAACCAUCAUGCGCAAUGAGAGUAUGGUGCGCAAUGCCAUAUACAGAGCCAACGACGAAAUCCACAAGCUCCAGGGGUAUUACCCCCAGGAAGAGCGGAUGGCGGGGAGCGGCAAGAGCGAGCUCGACAUCAUCAGUGCUGCCUUAGCGACCUACCAAUCCAUGAAUUUGAAACCGUUCAUGUACCUCAGUUGUUGGCAGGAGUCGCGCCAUCAUCCGAAGUAUAAGGGAAGCGUAGUAUCCUCCUCCAGCUCCUCCAGCAAACGGUCGAGGUCGGUAGCCCUAUCCGAUGGUGCCUUCGAUGAGGUGGCUAACCAGCUUGCCGGAACUAACUUGGGUAGCCCCGACGCUGGCCCGAACAGUUUCCGCCGGCCGCAAGGAAGGAAGUAG